GCAGGCUUGAGAACUAUGCAAGACUCACGCGACUCUUGCGACUCUCCAGCGACGACGCAGCACUCCGACGGCGACGCCGGCACAACACAUCGGCACAACACAUCGGCAGCACGAUGUGGCUUUAUUCUCGUACCGCGACUACUUGGCAAUAUACGGAAGGGGGCUUAUGAUGCCACCUCUGCUCAGUCUUUGCAUGCGGACGUCUCCUCGUUCAACACUCCAUGCGACCGUCGACGGCUGCCAUGUCUGCAGAAGCACUUCCAACGAGGAGAGUGCAGCGCUGUGACGCCUUCGAUUGCAGGCGGGGUACGAGGUUCAAUGGAUAUGCCAGAGGAAACCCACGGGGACUGUUAGUCCAAGCACCAGUAGGUGGGGUUGGAGACGGGUGCCCGGGUGCCACUCGUGGGCGGCGGAGGCGGUGGGCGGGAGUGAUCCGGGCCAGAUAAUACGAGCCUUACUGCAUUAAAACGGUCUGAUUCAAUACAAUCCGCC